UCUGGUCGGGCGUGCGCGAGAGCUCCAUGGCGGUGGCGGCAGCGCCCCGGGGGGCCUCGGGGGGGAAGGACCUGCUCUGCUCUUGGACUUGCACCGUGUGACCACGAGCCUCCACUGCUCCCCCUUGUCAAACGCGGCUAUCACCGGCGGUGCCAUCGGUGACGUGGGGAAAGCCACGCGCCUGGUCACAGGAGGACGUUUGAUUGCGCCUAUCUAGCCCACCACCGCCGCACUGCCCAAUCCCAAUCCCCGCUCCCCCCGCGGCAGCAUUGGCCAAUGGGAUUAGCGCCGUAGAGCAGCAGCAGCAACAUCGGCUUCGGUUGCAAAUCCCUGCACAAUCUGCGGGGCGUAUCUUCCUCCUCCCUUCUCCCCCCACUCCCCUUUUCGUGCCUCUCGUCUCUCUGUCUCUUUUCCUCGUUUGCCCCUCCUCGUCACACAACUCUCUCGUGCGUCACUUUUCUGCGAGGAUUAACGAAGGGCCGACCGACGGGUCGUCAUCACUGCUUACUGGACGGACGCUGGGCUGGGGCGGUUUUGGAGGGGGUUAGAGAGGGAAUGGGGGGAAAAGGGGGAGGAUGGGUCCCCCUGUCACUAUGCUGAGGGCCGAGGGAGGAUCCCCGUCCGCUCUGGUGCUUAUUGCACAAAUAUGGCACAAAUAAUAAUUUCAAUAUGAAUAACAUGAAUGGGCAAGAAAAGAAAGUCGCGUUGGGAAGUUUGAACAGCGAAAAAGGAAUGUGAAUGUGUGAAGAGAAAGUGGUUGCUUAGCACCAAACAAUACUCACCAAACAACCAAAUUUACAAGUCGAAAGCUGUGCUGUGUAUCUCAGAAUCAAGAUGUCGGACUUUUUUGAACCGUUUAACGCUGCAAGUGGGCCGCGGCCACAAUACCGGAGAAAUUCCGAAAUAGAAAUGUUCAAAUUCAUGAUUUUAAAGAACAUUGGGCCUACGACAACAUCUGUUGGUCCAACAUUCCGAGUUCAGUGCAAGGUUCGCCCUGAACAACCGGAAAUAUUCUUUUUCCUAAAUGACGCAGACUACCGGCAAAUGACAGAGGCUCGUGCGAAUGAUCUAAUGGACGAUGUACAAAACGGUAGAAACCCGUUUGUUUUCGUUGUUAAGACGGCAAAGAUGCGGAGGACGGUUGUAGUGAAGUACAGUGACGCCAGAAAGCUUUUGUACGACGACAGAAAAAUGGUGCGCAUCCAAGACAUUCCUGAUCCAGUGAAGAACGAAAUGGAUUUUGUGGAAUUGUCCAGGAAUGGAAUUGUAUUCACGGCAUGACAGCAGGGCGCAGCGCAGGUCGAAGCUUGUGCCCAGAGUGGUGGUGGCGUUAUCACCUGCUGUGAAUGAAUGUGAGUCAUGAAGUGAAAGAAACAAAGUUUGAAGUGAAAAAGCAAAGUUUUAAAUGCUCUUUUUCACCCCAUCGCCCCCCCUUCUCUACCCCCUUCCGCAACCUUUACCAUGAAUUUGCUGUUGUUUCUGUUGUGAGCGUUGCUGCCCGUCGCCAGCCGGGCGCCUGGGAGGUAGGCCGCGCUCGAACAUGGACGCUCGGCGGCUCUGCCUACCCGCUGGGCGCUGGGCCGGCCGGCCCGCCUAGCGCCUAGGAGGUAGGCCGCGCGCGAACACGGACGCUCGGCGGCUCUGCCUACCCGUUCGACGCUGGGCCGGCCGGCCCGCCGAGCACCUGCGUGGACGCGCGGCCUACCUCCCAGGCGGCAGUCAUGGGCGUGGGCUGAGUAAGAAAGCCCCCAAUACGAGACACCCAGCUUGUGAUAUUUUCGUCUCGUGUGUAAAGGAAACCUGAUUUCGUUUCAUGGCCAAACAGGAAACUUCAAAAAAAGGUAGAAAAUGUACAGAAUUUUAGUGAAAUUUCUCAGUUUUCUAGUCGUUUUAGUUUUGUUUUGCGCAAGGCAGAGACUGACUUGGGACUACUGGCGUCUCGUCGUCCGGCCGACUGCCGCUAGAUGGCGCCAAGACGCGCUCUCGUCUCUCUCUUUUUAUCCUUCUUGCCCUCUUAGCGGCGUCCCUCACGAGGUGGGGUGGCGUGCGCGCGCGCUCAUCCGCUCAGCGCGGCGACAAGAAAGCGGGAAGGUAAAUAUCUCUGUUAUUGCGGUCGUGAUAUCAAAGAAUAAGCCAGGCGACGACGAGGGCGAGGGUGCGGGCCGGGGGCGGGGGCGCGUCUGCCUGCCUGCCUGCCUGCCUGCUCAGGGCCUUCAAGUGUGUCGCCCUUCACGAGGGCCCCUCGUCCAAUAAUAAUGUAGCAGUAAUAGGAAUGGCCCUUCCCGGACACCUUUCUUCAGGCGUGUCCCCCCCCCCUCCUGGCCCCCUUUCCCUCACCUCCCACAACUUGCUUCCCCGCAUCCCCGCUCUCUCUCUGAUCCUUCAAGUACCCCCUGUCUCUACCCGUCGCGCGGGACGCUGUGUGCGCACCCUCCCCUGGUCUCGUCUGUGCGUGUGCCUUGAAUACCCAGAAAGCUCUUUACCUGGCAAGGAAAAAAUUUCGGCCCAAGGAACGAACAAACCAUUCUUAUGUCUUUCACUGUGAAAUUUUUGAAAUAUUUUGUGUAGUUAUUUGCAAGCAAAGUUGCAAAUAUAAGAACGAUAUUUUAAAUUUACGAUGAUGCAAUCUGAUUCCGCGGAGGAAACAAAGUUAAGAAAUUUUGUUAUCGUUAUAUAUUACAGCGUUUUUUACUUAUAUUUUUAACUUUUACAAUAUAUUUCAUUCGAUAUUUCCCGUAAAACUUAAAAACAUUUUUCAGAGUGAUUGAUUGACGUAAAUCCGAGUGGAGCUGUGGGUUUGGCAUUUACUACUAUAGGGUUAGGAGGUAGUUUGCCGAAUUCAUUUCGUUCCCACUCUGUGCGUCUAUCGGACUGUCUGUCUCCCAGCCCCCUCCUCUCCAAGCAGCCCCUCCCCGAGCUCCUCUCUGUCUGACGACCUGGACAAGUUUGAAGACGUGCCAGGCCCGGCGGCCCCUGCCCUACCCGGAUGGCCCAUUAGACCUGCAGAAAGGGCUGCCUGCCGGCGGCGGGCGAGGCGAGGCGGGGCGAGGUGGGCCCUCUCUCAGUCAGCCGCCCACCUGGCACGCACUUCGAAAAGAAAAAAGCAGCAUUUCACGAGGGGGUUUACCAUCCUCCGCGCGCUCUUUUUUCCCCCUCUUUCUCUCUCCGUCCCGCCUCUCUUCUCACGGCAGUGUGACCCCCCGACAGCCCGCCUCUUGUGUUGUUUAGAGAGGAGGGUAUUUAGCGCCUCUGCUGCCAACCGCCCGCCCUCGCCCCUUCUUUGUUGUUUUACCUCUGGACCGUGGCGUCGUCCCCAGCGGGGCGUGUUCAGGACGACGGCAACUCUGGCUGGUCAAAGACGGAUGGCCGCACGCUGACUGCGGUUGUAAAGGACGCCCCUUCCUUCCCUUCUCGCCCCUCCCUUCCCACCCUGCCUAUACUUUGACGGGCGCCCUGGACGCCCUGGACCACGGCUAUCCGGGCCUGGCCCCGGCCUCUGCGCGUGAAAUAAAAGUGGCCGAGGGUGGGCGGCUGGCCCUCGGGCUGGCCUCCUCCCGCUGCUGCUGGUGUCCUCCCCCGAGGCCGGGCCGGGGCGGCGCUUAGCAGGUGUACCCUGCCCGUCUCUCUCUCUCUCUCUCUCUGGGGGGAGGAUGGGAGGGAGCGAAGCCCGGGCGCAGGCCAUCCAGAGACAUAAGUUAGUGCCCGGUCGGGCCCGGUCCUCGGGCGCCCUGGCCUUCUUUGAUUUGGGAUUUGCCUCCUCCUCCCCCGGGCGGGGCCGCCCGCUGUUUGGGCGCGCUGUUGUGGCCGCUCUGACGCGCCCCCUGAGCAGGGUACGCCCGUUUACUUUGGGAUUUCUUUUUAAAAAGGGGGCCCCGAUGGGCGGGGGGCGAUGGAUCGGCUGGAAAAGGCUUGCCGCGCUUCUGCUGCUUCGUGCGUGCUAUUGCCGAUACUUCACGCCCCGCGGCGCGGCAGCCGCGCUGCGAUCUCAAAGUGCUCUUUUGUGAUGCACCACCGGCAGGGCGGGUGCAGCAGCCUGCUUUUCAAACCGUGGGAAAAGAGCGUCAUUUCCGGUCUGCGCUUGGCGAGGGUAUGAGGCGACACAAAGGGGCGCGUCCGCCCCGCCUCGCCCCGCCCCAGGGCGUUCUCGUGUGGCGCGCGCGGUAGAGGGCAAUUUCCUAUAUAUCCACAACCCCUGGCCUCUUGGUGUCCCCCCUCACCCCGCCGCCCCUCUACCCGCCGCCGGGCUCUCUCUCUCUAUGGCCCUCCUCAAUUUAGCUGUAACUAAGCAAAUAAAUUAACGCGCUCACUCUGCGGCACGAUGGACCGUGU